GCGAACGUACGUUCAAAGCCGGCGAGAGUUUUCCUCCUCAGUUUCACCUCGACCACGGUACGGUACGGAUUGGAUUUUUCUUCGCUUAUUCGCCUCGCUCGAGGGCCCGUGUGUGAGUGUGUGUUUUUCUUUUUCGUUCUUCUUCCUCUUCUACCGAUACACUUUCUUGCAUCCUAUCUCUACCGCUGUCAGUAAAUUUAACCAACUGGUGGAGAAUGUUGUAGCUGUGUGUGUGUGUGUGCCUGUGUGUAUGUUGAUGAUUCGAGCUGUCUGAUCUCAUUCGAAACGCCGGAGGAAACGUUGAUUUUUCCGUGUCUAGCUGUGAACCGUUCUUAACCAAUCGCUGUACCACUGUUGUUGUGUGAGGGAGCGUGUGUGUGUGUGCGUGGUACGGGAGCAGUGCUCGGGGUAGCCGCAAACGAGUGGCAUUAUUAUCUACGGACCGGCAACGGGCCGAGUUAAUUCCGGCGGUAUGCUUUGGCGCGCCCAACUGCCCCAAGAUGCUGCCCGCGGAGGCAAAGAGAUGAAUAAUAUGCUGUGCCGUUCGUUCUUUGUCGAUUUCGCCCGCUCUUGGUGAAAUCGUUCGAGUGUCGCUUGGUUUGUGCUAGGUUUGCGAGUGUACCGAUAAUCGUGCCAUUUGCGCUGAACGUUCUAAAACGAGCCGCUCGAGCUAAGUUUAAAGUCGGCAUUUCCUGCAACAUCUCCUAGCGAGUGGUCGCCGUACGUAUGCUGGUGUGUGUGCGAGUGUUUGCCUGUAUAUAUUUUGUGGUAAAUUGCCGAGCGAAGGAAAAAAAAUAUCUUCAGUGUUUGAUUAUUCAAUCUUAUCUACGUGAAGUGGACCUACGAAGAGAGAUAGUGUAUAGUUCGCUAAAAAAAAUGCUAAGCAGCUUGUCGGUUUGAGAAGCAAUUCGUGCCGGGUGCCGGCAAAACCGAGCAGAAGUGAAAGCAUAAAUCAUGGAAAUGGAAAUCAUGUGCGAAAACUACGUUGCGGAAGCAAAUUGAUUUUUAAGCAGCACCCACACCCACAGUAGCGGGAGGGAAAAUCGAAGAAAAAUCGUCUACAGAUGUGCGACGUGGAGAGACAGUGACAGGGGUGAAGCAGUCGAAGGAUUGGCUCUGACCGGUUCCACCAAUACAGAGGAGACGUUCAACAAGGCACAAGAAUUCUUAACGCACAAAGACAACGCCACCAGACAUCAAAAAGGAGAAGCAUUACUAGUCGGCAAAUAUCGUACGGAAUAAGAAAAGGAAACGCUGAACGGAUAUAAAUUUGCUGUAGUAGUUGUUGGAUUUGUGCCCGGAAUAAAACUACCAGUAAUUGCGUUGCUUACAUUCAACCAAAAUCAGCAGUGCGAUUUCACUUUCGCUUGUAACCACUACCUCAAUAUCGCGGGUAACGGUGCCAGCUAGUGAGUACAAAUAGUGGAUUCGUUCGCAGCAUCACACCUAGCAUCUGUUACGCGUCCGGAACAAUCAAUGUCAACAUGGCGCUCGUUAUGCUUCCGUGCGAUCUACCCUGGUGGUCCAACGUGCAGAAGAAGCUGGCCCAAAUCGAAGAAUCCAGCUGCCUGGACGUGGUGAUAGAUGUGAUGCAGAAGCUGCAUGAACUAUGCAAUGUCAGCCUGGACCCGGACGAGGAUGGCAAGGAUACGUCGGUGUUCGAUGGAUUGCGCCACUUUGUCGAGCGCACGAUGGACGCCUCGGAGCGGGACCACUUCCUCGGGCACACGAUCAAAGCGCUGGCACGGCAUGCCCGCAACCUUAAGCAGUAUCGGCCGCCGCGGGGUCUCAGCUUCAGUUUGCAGCAGCAGGCGGACAGUUACGAGCUGAGCUAUCGGCUGGUCGCGUCCCUGCUGGCCAACGCGUUCUUUUCGACAUUUCCAAAACGUACUGAAAAAACACACCCCACGUUACAAGACUUUAACUUUACACACUUUUUUAGAGGUUUAGUAGACAAUGCCGUGCAGAGGGCAAAGUUCCGCAGCUUCCUGUACUACUUCGAUUGGCUGGAGCGCAGCGGGACGGCACUGGACGGUUCGCUGCGAGUGUCCCGCAAGGUGAUGACGGGCAAGCAGUGGCUCACGAUCGAGGAUUGGCUGGAGUGCGAGCUGCCCCUGUGCGACGUCGAGAUACGCCACGAGGGCAAGCUGGACAAGGCCGAUCCGGAAAUGCUGCAAACGGUGUUCGCUAGUGCGCGGCUUGGUGGCGAUGUGCUGGCCGACGGCGACACGCAAGAGUCGAUCCAGUUCUGUACCUUUCCCGAGCUACUCGCGGUACUGCUGUACGUGGAGUCGCUCGAGGACAAUGAGUCGCUCCAGAUCGAGAAUGUGCAUCACGUGGCGCGGAUCGUCGAUCCCCGGCAGAAGGGACCACUGUUGGAGCGAAUCGCGGAACCGAAAGCGACGAGCCUGUGCUGUAUCGACGCAGAGAACUACCGGGCGUUGCCGUCGCAGCAGUUCGAGGAGGACGACAUACUGCGGGAGUUGAACAAGUGCCUGUUGGCGUUCCGCCAGAACACAUCCUGCCCAGUGGCGCUGGGUGAGCCGCCGACGGUUCCAGCGGCAAAAGCGGGAGACAAGCGGACUGGGGCAGGGCUGAAGCUUGAUCAGCUAGAAACAGUGUCUAGCAAAGGGCGUCUGUCACCGAUCGGAGAGCGGGAUCGGGAAGGGUCGACGCCGGGCUCGCCAGACGUCUAUACGACGAUCUUCAUUCGGCAGGCAACACCGAACUCGAAGCGCUCGAGCAGUGACUCGAACAAACUAGAGAAGGACAUAAACAAGCGGCGAUCGUGGCUAUCGCCGGAACGACCAAACGCACCGUCCGUAUGCUCCGGCACUGGUUCGAACCGUCGGGGGAAGUUUAUCAUUCUCGGUUCGUCCGGCGAGUGUCUGCCAGUGAACCGACAUCCGCUACGCAUCCCGGACAGCUAUCAGCAGCAGCAGGGGUUGACGCGGCCCGACACACUAUCGAGCUGUGGUUCGAGCCAGGACGAGUUCCACAGCGCGAAGGACAGCUUCGACGAGGACGACGAGGAUGGACUGCGGGCGCACGCGUACACGUCGGAGCUGGAUACGCCCGAGCGACGGUACGAGUUUGCACAGAAGCUGCGGGCGGCUUUAGAGCAUGACCGAACGAACGGACUGUCGGGGAGCACGGACGAUAGCAGCUAUGCGGUCGGGAUCAGCGUGGCGGGAUCGCAGAUCCGUGAUCAGGACAUCCGCGUCAGGCGCGGCGGAUCCUGCGGCUUCGUGCUGGACGGCUCGAUGGAUAGCAACUACGAUGAGCUGGAAUGGAAUGGGCAGUCACAGGAAAAGACAGCUGGUGGACCACAGCAGAACGGGACGCUAGAACGGAAGGGAACCAAUGAGUCGUCCAAGUACAGUUUUGAUUCGGAUCUCGGCUCGGAGCUGGAGGAGGUGUAUGAAAAGUUUGCCAAGUGGCUUGAAGAACCAAUAAGUACCGACAAGCCAAAAAAGCUGGAUGCCCGGGACGAGGCUGUGCUGAAGUUUGCCAACUCAUUGCUCAAGCGCACGCUCAGCGAGAGCUUCGUGGGCAUUCCGUUCACCGAGGAGUGCCUGACGAGCGGGAACGCAUCCGGUACCAAUUCGACCGGUUCACACAACGCUGCCGGAAGUGGAGGGACCGGAUCGCUGGGCCAGAAGGAAAAGAUUCUGUUGCACGUGCGAUCACUUUCGCUGGAGCUGGCCAAGCACAAGCACAAACUGGCAGCACAGCUGUGUCAUGAUUAUCUUGCACUGGAACCGGCAAAGCUAUUCAAGUGUCCCAACAUACAGCUCACCCGAACCGACCACCGGAAGCUCCUGCACAAGUUGCGCUCGACCCAGAGCGGCUCUGGCUGCUCGGUAACGGAAGUGACCGUGCCGGCCAAGGUUGCACCGCCCAAGCUAGAGCGACAGUCGUCGCUGAAAACGAAACUGCUGCAGUACAAACCGAACUGGUCCGUUUCCUACACGCAGGAUAUCAAGUGUGAUGAUGUGGUGCUGAAGAUAUCACAACUUGCUCAAAAACGCACGCUAAAUGUGAACUUACGACCUGUUGCCACCGGGAACUGGGGCUGUGGCGCAAGCAAAAGGGGAGACGUGCAGCUCAAAAUGGUGAUCCAGUGGAUGGCCGCUAGUGUCGCUGGUUUGCCUUACCUUAGCUAUUACACUGCGGGCAACGAGAAACUAUCGAAGCUCGAUACGAUUUGCCGGGUGCUGAAGGACCGCAAGUGGACCGUGGGUGAACUGGCUGCUGCAACACUGAGCCAUGCUCGGGAUAUCUUGGAGGAUCCGUUCUACUACAACAAUGAUCGCAAUUACUGCAUGUUUUUCGAGAAGUUGAUCGGACUAGAGAAGGUACAUUGAGCUCCACCCUUGCAUCGGAAGUAACUUCAACAAUUGUAAAAAAAAGACAACUAAGCUAAGAUUUCUCCCAACGAUCGAAACGGUGGCGUAGGUGAGAAGAGAAAUAUCAAAAGCAAUACAAUGGAACAUUUUGUACACGUGUACAGAUAACGGAACCAUCGAGGAAAAGGAAAACUUUUCAAAAGACGAUACGUUGACCCUAGUUUCAAUUAGAGCACGCCACCCUGCCGCAGCUGCUUGAAAACUCAAUUAAGACGAACGAAGGCGAAAAAACGAACACAAAACUUUAAGUCAAAUGUCUUCCUCGAAGUGUGUAGGGAAUCGAGUAACAGUGCAUAUACCGUCUCCUUUGCCUUGUAGCUGACUGCCUGGGCCAAAGAAGAUCGCUAACGGGGAGUAGGAUGGUCGAUACAUUAUAUGAACAAAAGCUCCGUGACAGAAACUUUACAUUAAUGUAGAAAAUCAUUUAGCUAGCUUGUUCUCACAGAGCACAACAAAAGACGCUUACUUUGUCAAAUUAUGUAACAAAAAAUAUGAAAAAAAAAAGAUUUGGUAGAUUGUUGUUGGCCAUAGGAAGUGGGAAAAAUUGUAUGAUUGGCAAAACUGUCCAUACGAAAUGGCAAGCUGCUUGAUUUUUGUUAAACUCAAGCAUAGUUGAACGAAUCGGGUGUUUGCCAUUAAAAGGUUAAAAAACUACAACAACGAGAUGGGAAGUAACCGACUCAGAAUGGAAAGAUAGUUUGGACGUUCAACAAACACAUUUGCCAAAGUAAUAAUUGUGAAAGGGAGGUAUUCGGUUGUCUUUAAGACCUAGGCUAGAACAAUAAACAUUAUUACUUUUAGAAUA